UUUGCAUUACGCUAAAUUGCAAAGUAGUACGGUUCUGAGCGCGAAACAAAACGCGUUUGAACCAUUGAAACGUUUGAAUAUUCGGGGUAAAAAUCUGCUGUUGCUCAUCUUUGACAAAAAAAAGGAAAUUAAUAAUGAAACCGUCAGCGUCUGCACUUUUGAUGUUAUCCAUGCUGUUGUCUUUAAGUUCCAACUCAAUGGGGGAAAUGAAUGUUGGAUAUAAAAACUCUAAUAGACAAGAUUUGAAACAUUUUCUUGGUUCUCAAGAGAGGCUAUCAAAGAGAAGUACGUCAAACAUUGUUGACAUUGCAAUGUUUACACAAAGACCUAACCAAGUUGGAAAAUAUUCCAUAUAUGUUGACAGCACAAUGAGUAGACUUAUGAUAGAAAUAAAAGCUGAUAGGUCAACACCAGUUAGUUCACUUCUUAAACCGUCAGGUGCACUAGGUCCACAUCCAAAGCUAAAUGGAAAUGCCCAAAAUGGAACAGUAACAGCGAGGUUUGACGUCGCAAUAUCACAAGCAGACUUUGGAUUGUGGAAACUAGAAAAAUUAGAUGCAAGUGCAUGGACUGUAAAAAUUCAAGGAGAAAGCACAAUGGACUUCACCUACCAGUUUUUAAAAGGAAACAAAACACAAACCGCAAUAAAAGGAGAUCCGGUUCAAGGUGAAACCUAUAAGACUGUGGUAAAUAUUGCGGAAUAUGGUCAAGUUAAAACAGUUGACAUAUUCCUUGUUUUUGUUACUGAGAAGUUUACGCCUGCAGAUAUGAUGUUCCCAGUAGUCGCCAAAGGGAAUGGGAAAUAUGAACUAGCCAAGCUGAAAAUGCUCGACAGAAAGUUCAUGAUAGGGAUACAAGGAAAAGAUAACUCGAGCAAUACAUUUCGACGUAUAAAGUUUGUAAACCCGGUGUCUUUGUUGCUAUCAGUGCCAAUGCUUACAGAUCCAGCUACUAAAUUAUACGAACAGACAAGAUUGGACAUACUGAUUACUGUAACUAAUAUCAUGCCAAAACAACAAGAUGUUGAUAUCAGCAUCACAGACACCCAGGGUUUAGCUCAGGAACCACGUACUAUUUCUGCAACUAUUUUACCUGGUGGGAACUAUACCGCAAAGUUUGUUCUCGAUGGCGGUCUUCAAGGGGUUGAAACGUCUGUAACAAUUGCAGCUAAACCUUUCCUCGGCCGUGGACAAGAAAGUAUGGGACCAUCUAUCACGAGAAAUUUUACAGUAGAAAGUAAUAAAACGACAUCAACUUCCAAAAUCACUACUACAGUAACAACUUCCACGGUUACAUCUAGGUUAACAACACUCGCAACAACAACUUCUGCUAACAUCAUAGCAACGAAUCAUGCACAAAAGUCUGACCCAGUCACGACACAGGCAGGUAGCAAAACCGUGUCCGCAAAUAGAAAGGCAGUCACGAUGGCACCAAAUAAUGAAAAUAAAGAGCCCUCGUUUAGUAAGGGAGACUUGUUUGGUGUUGCCUCGAUUUCUGGGGUGUCUGCUGGGGUGCUUAUAGGAGUAGCAGCGCUGAUCACGAUGCGUUUAGUGUUCCGGCAAGUGAUCAACAAGAAUAAUGUAAAGCCGGAAACCGACGGAAAAUAAAAGAAUUUGGUACCGGAUAAUGACCUAGCAGUGACAUUCUUACAGUUUUGUUUCAACAUGCUUUUUUU